ACUAGGAAAAGAUGUGGAUAAUGAACAGCAGAUUGGAAAGAUCAUGAGAUGUUUAACCAGAGAAUGGCAGCCAAAGAUAACAGCCAUAGCUGAGUCUAGAGAUCUUGCAAAGAUGACGACAGCAACACUAUUUGGAAAGUUAAGGGAACAUGAAAUGGAAUUACAACGACUGGAUGAAUCCGAAAUGGAAAGUAGGAAAAAGAAAGGUUUAUCUCUGAAGGUUCAAGCAAAUCAGUCAAAAAUUGAAUCCGAUAGCUGCUCAAAUGAAUCCAGCAGUGACAAUGAAGAACCAGAAAUCGGACUGCUUGUCAAGAAAUUUAAGAAAUUUCUGAAGAAGAAAGAUAACAAAUUCAGAAAACCAUCCAGCUCCAAGACUAGCGACAACAAGCAAAUUACAUGUUAUGAAUGUGGGAAGACUGGUCACAUAAAGUCAGAAUGCUACAAAUUGCAGAACAAAAAUAAAGCUGCAAAAUCAAAAGGCAAAGAACCAGUCACCAAAACAAAGAAGGCGUAUAUUGCUUGGAACGAUAAUGAUGAAUCCUCUGCCUCUUCGGAUGAAGAAGAAGCCAAUAUGUGUCUCAUGGCAAAUUCAGAUUCAGAAUCGGAAAAAGAGGUGUGCUUGACAUCCACUAAGCACUCAUGGUAUUUGGAUAGCGGAUGUUCGAAGCACAUGACAGGGGACAAAUCCAAAUUUCUGUCCUUGACAUUAAAGGAAGGAGGUUUUGUCAAAUAUGGAGACAACAAUAGAGGAAAAAUUAUUGGAAUUGGUGAUAUAGGCAAUGAGUCAACAACAGUGAUUAAGAAUGUAUUAUAUGUUGAAGGACUCAAGCAUAACUUGCUAAGCAUAAGUCAGCUAUGUGACAAAGGUUUUCAAGUAAGUUUUUCAUCACAAUCUUGCAUUAUUGAGCAUAAAGAUGACAAAAACAUAAAGCUGAUUGGUGACAGAAUUAACAACAUCUAUAUGUUGGAUUUCAAUUCUGUACCAAGUGCUGUAUGUUGCUUGUUAUCAAAUCAAGAUGAAACAUGGUUGUGGCAUAAACGCAUUGCUCUAUAG